AUGAAGGCCCUCAUUCUCGUCGGUGGCUUCGGCACCCGCCUCCGGCCCCUCACCCUUACCAUGCCCAAGCCGCUGGUCGAGUUCGCCAACAAGCCCAUGAUCAUGCACCAGAUUGAGGCUCUGGCCAAGGUCGGCGUCACGGAUGUCGUCCUCGCUGUCAACUACCGCCCCGAGAUCAUGGAGCGCGUGCUUAAGGAGUACGAGGCGUCGUGUGGUGUCAAGAUUCACUUCUCUCUCGAGCCCGAGCCUCUCGGCACGGCCGGUCCCCUGAAGCUGGCUGAGGAUAUCCUUGCCAAGGAUGACUCGCCCUUUUUCGUCCUCAACUCGGACGUCACCUGCGAGUUCCCGUUCCAGGACCUCAUUGACUUCCACAACUCCCACGGCGACGAGGGUACGAUUGUCGUUACCAAGGUCGAGGAGCCGUCCAAGUACGGUGUCAUUGUGCACAAGCCUAACCACGCUUCCCGCAUCGAUCGUUUCGUCGAGAAGCCCGUCGAGUUCGUUGGCAACCGCAUCAACGCCGGUCUCUACAUGCUCAACACUUCCGUCCUUAGCCGCAUCGAGAAGAACAAGCCCACGUCGAUCGAGCAGGAGACUUUCCCCGCCAUUGUUCGGGACGGCAAGCUCCACUCUUUCGACCUGGAGGGAUUCUGGAUGGACGUUGGCCAGCCCAAGGAUUUCUUGACUGGCACUUGCCUCUACCUCUCGUCUCUGGCCAAGAAGGGCUCCAAGCUCCUGGCGUCGCCAAGCGAGAACUACGUGUACGGUGGCAACGUCAUGGUUGACGAGACGGCCAAGAUUGGCAAGAACUGCCGCAUUGGUCCCAACGUCGUCAUCGGCAAGAACGUCGUCAUUGGCGAUGGUGUCCGCCUGCAGCGCUGCACUUUGCUGCCGGGCUCCAAGGUCAAGGACCACGCCUGGAUCAAGAGCACAAUUGUAGGCUGGAACAGCACUGUCGGCAAGUGGGCUCGUCUCGAGAACGUCACCGUUCUUGGCGACGACGUGACGAUUGGCGACGAGAUUUAUGUCAACGGUGGCAGUGUCUUGCCCCACAAGAGCAUCAAGGCCAACGUUGACGUUCCUGCUAUCAUCAUGUAG